GAGCUCUGCAAGUAUGCGUGACGCCUCCUCCGUCUGCUAAAAUUCUUCCCAUUGUUCGAGACAAUGGAGGAAAAUGGUAGCCAGUGGGACGAAUUGGUAGAGAAAGCGCUGUCGAAGCUCGAAUUGCUCAAGCUAUUGCGUUCCCUCAGGCCAAUCCAUCUCGGCAGUGGAGUUUCCGAUCAAUCCGCCUCAGUCGGGGAUUCGUUUCAAUUAUUUGACGGUCCGAACGGAUGGGAUAGGGCAUCUGUUGAAGCUAACAUUUCUGAGUGCACAUUCCAAAGAUGGCUGGACGAUGUCCCCAGUUCAGGUGAUGACAAUGAUGCCAUGUUUAAUAAUGGAAGAAGUGAUGGUGAAGCAGAUUCAGAGGAUGGAAAGCUGAGGAAGUUGAUCAUCUUCUCUGGAAAUGAUUACUUAGGACUGAGUUCACAUCCAACGGUCAGCAAUGCAGCUAGCAAGGCAUCUCUCGAGCACGGCAUGGGUUUGAGAGGCUCUGCUUUGAUCUGUGGGUACACAAGUUUCCAUAGGUUACUGGAAUCGUCGUUGGCUGAGUUGAAAAGGAAGGAGGAAUGCCUUCUUUGUCCGACAGGUUUUUCAGCAAACAUGGCCUUUAUGACAACAAUUGGAAAUAUUGCUUCCCUCAUAUCUCUUGGAAAGCGUUCAAAAGACGACAAAGUCGCCAUAUUUUCCGAUGCCUUGAACCAUGCUUCAAUAAUUGACGGCAUCCGUCUUGCUGAGAGACAAGGAAAUGCCGUAACUUUCAUCUAUAGGCACUGUGAUAUGCGUCAUCUCGAUGAACUGCUGUCAAGCUGCACGAUGAGGAAAAAAGUUGUAAUAACCGACAGCCUGUUCAGCAUGGACGGCGACUUUGCACCCAUGACCGGACUUGCAAAGCUCCGUAAGAAACACGGGUUUCUGUUUGUAAUCGAUGAUGCUCAUGCAACUUUUGUCUGUGGAAGAAACGGCGGAGGUGCCGCGGAAAAGUUCGACUGCGAAAAGGAUGUCGACAUCUGUAUCGGAACAUUGAGUAAAGCGGCGGGUUGCCAUGGCGGUUUCAUUGCAUGCAGCAAGAAAUGGAAGCUACUAAUUCAAUCCCGGGGCCGGGCUUUUAUAUUUUCAACUUCAACUCCAGUGCCUGUCGCCGCUGCAUCAUAUGCUGCCGUAGUUGUGGCGAAGAAAGAGUCGUGGCGUAGGGAAGCUCUUUCCCAACGGAUGCAAGAAUUCCAUGCCUUAACUGGCAUCCCUGUCGAAAGCCACAUCAUUUCGCUUGUUGUCGGGAGCGAGGACAAAGCCCUUCAAGCUAGCCGGCAUCUUUUAAGAUCAGGGUUUCAUAUAACUGCAAUAAGACCUCCUACGGUACCCCCCAACUCCUGCAGGUUGAGGGUAACUCUGAGUGCAGCACAUACAAAGGAUGAUUUGAUAAAGCUCAAAGAUGCACUGUCACAAUGCAUCAAUUUUCAGGACAGCACAACCUGUUAUUCUAAGCUUUAGCUUUCUCUAUUAUCAGUUCUUCUUACUUUAUGUGUGAUCAAGUGGCAAAUUGAAACUUAGUACUAGUAAGAGUACAUAUUUCUCAUAGAUAGGAGAGAUUGGAUCAUAUGUCAUUACAACCAAUCAUUUCUAUUUAAGUGGGGAAGUAGAGAAAUUAAAAGAUAAUAUCCAUAUCCA